GCGGGAGCGGAGCCGUGGCGCGCUCGCCCGACGCCCGCCCUGCGCACGGAGUGCCGGGGCCCCGAGGGUCCGCGCCGCGUAGGGCGCCGCCGCCGAGGCCAUGUGCUCCCAGGUCUGGCUCCUAACUGACCGGCGUCUCAGCGAGGAUUACCCGCAGGUGCAGAUUCUGCGCGCCCUCCGGCAGCGCUGCUCCGAGCAGGACGUGCGCUUCCGAGCGGUGUUCAUGGACCAGCUCGCCGUCACCGUGGUCGGCGGCCACCUCGGCCUCCAGCUGAACCAGAAGGCCCUGACCACCUUCCCAGACGUGGUGGUUGUGCGGGUGUCCACGCCCUCUGUGCAGUCGGACAGCGAUAUCACUGUCCUGAGGCACCUGGAGAAGCUGGGCUGCCGCUUGGUCAACAGCUCGCAGAGCAUCUUAAACUGCAUCAACAAAUUCUGGACAUUCCAAGAGCUGGCUGGACACGGGGUGCCCAUGCCAGACACCUUCUCCUAUGGUGGACACGAUGACUUUUCAAAAAUGAUUGACGAGGCUGAGCCCCUGGGCUACCCAGUGGUGGUGAAGAGCACUCGAGGCAACCAGGGAAAAGCUGUUUUUCUGGCAAGAGACAAACAUCACCUCUCAGACAUCUGCCAUUUGAUCCGCCACGAUGUGCCCUACCUGUUCCAGAAAUACGUGAAGGAGUCGCACGGGAAAGAUAUCCGGGUGGUGGUGGUUGGGGGCCAGGUGAUAGGCUCCAUGCUUCGCUGCUCCACAGAUGGGCGGAUGCAGAGCAACUGCUCUCUUGGUGGUGUGGGCGUCAUGUGCCCCCUGACAGAACAAGGCAAGCAGCUGGCUAUUCAGGUGUCCAACAUCCUGGGCAUGGACUUCUGUGGCAUUGAUCUUCUCAUCAUGGAUGACGGCUCCUUUGUGGUUUGUGAAGCAAAUGCCAACGUUGGCUUCCUAGCCUUCGACCAGGCAUGCAACUUAGACGUGGGCGGCAUCAUCGCAGACUAUUCCAUGUCCUUGCUGCCAAACAGGCAGACUGGGAAGAUGGCUGUCCUCCCAGGACUGUCAAGCCCCAGGGAGAAGAGCGAGCCAGAUGGUCGUGCCUCAGCUCAGGGGGUUGCGGAGAGCGUCUACCCCAUCAACAACGGGUCUACCUCUAGUGAGAGUGAGCCUGAACUGGGCGAGGUCCGAGAUUCCUCAGCGAACACAAUGGGGGGCCCACCCCCUGUGCUGCCUGAGCCUGGCUACAACAUUAACAACAGGAUUGCUUCAGAAUUAAAACUUAAGUGAAUUCCUGCUUUUUGGCAGCAUUUAAACCAAAUCCUACUGCUUCCCUAGUAGUUUCAUGUGAAUAAAAUCUGGACUAAUGUGAUUUCAUUUGCACAGGAACUAGAAAUCCCAUCUGGGCACUCAGCAUUCUUUCUAAUGAUGAUUUGAGCAAAUGGCCUAGCUUUGUUGUUUUUACAGAUGCUAAUGUAAAAACACUC